GGGGCUGGCCACACCACACCGUUCAAACUGUAUUUUACAUUCAAAUUCUGAUUCGCUCGGACGUGACGUCGCGGCUCGUGAGUGCGGCACUUUUCUAGCGGGACUUUAAGCUCAGUGUGUGUGUGCGCGACAGUGCGUCGGUGUGUGUGUGUUUACCCACAAAGCUGUGCUGCUAAUGCUCAAGUAGAGGAAAUAUUAUUAAAUAUACUAGGUGGUGAUGAAAAACAAAUUGUUCAAACAAAGUGCAACAAAAGCUUACCGUUCAAGACUGCAUAAACGGGAGUAAAAUCGCCGCUACACGGGCAAACAUAUCAAAGAAGGGAUUAUUUUGGACUGAAAAAUUCACUUUAAAGGCGCUCAAGAGCAAAAACCCGUGACAGGUAAUAAACAUUUUACGACGGGAAUUUUAUUAAAGUCCCAUCGAGUAUAACAAAUUGAAGCCAACCAAUCGGAACCUACUUUGAGGCAAAAGUGCGUUACGGUUCCGCCAAUUAAUAUAGAUGUCACAGCAAAUCAGUGUCAAUCAAAGUGUGGGAAAUCGACACGAAUUUCCACAAAUAUGCGCCAGCAAAUAGAAGCGUCGGACGCUAUAAUGAGCCAUAUCAGCGGACAUAUUUUACCCACUGGAAUGGGAAAUGGGAAAAACAAUGAGCAGCCUCAUCAUCACGAUCAUCGUCAUCAGCAGCAGCAACAGCAGCACUUGAGUAAAUAGAAAAUCAGUGUUCAGAAUCAAUAUAAAAUCAAUACAAAUAGUGCGGGACGAUAGACAGAAAUUGACAUUAUUCGCAACAUUAUUCGCUGUCGCUCAGAGCAAUAAAAACCCGACUAGCAGCGACAAAAGCCAUCGGAGCGUCGAAAGCCAAACAAAGCCCAGUACGCCGACCAAGAUGGGUGGCAAGCACCAGGGAGUCUCCUCCGGAGGCGGCAGCCUCAACUCCAGCCUCUGCAACUCCGUGAUGACGAGUGCCACCACGGCAAGCAGCAGCCUCACCCAGCAGCAGCAGCAGCUCCAGGCCAAGUACAUCAAGUCGAAGCGCCACCAGAGCCGCUACACCAGCCUCCAGCACUCCGGCCACGACUCCGGCAGCUAUCUGCACCUCAACUCGCUGUGGUCCAUCUGGUACGGAGUGCUACUCACCCUGUUCCAGGGAUACCUGGCCAUGCACGGAGCCUACAGGUUCUUGGGAUGCUCUCUGAUACCCUGGAAAAUCGAGCCUGUGGCCGAGCUGAAUCUGCAGAUCGUGCUAUCUGGAGUGGUGUUCAUCCUGCUGCCGGUCUUUUUUACCUCGGCCGUAUUUAAGGUUGGCAACUUGGCAAACGACGGAAUUAAAUUGGCCACAGGUGCCAGGGAGCGGCGCUGCACCCUCUCCCCGCACGAUGGCCUGGAGGAGGAGUCGCGGGGCGGCACCCUGCGAGCCCUUUGGACCCACGGCGGACCCACGGCGGCCUUCGUCCACAUCCUGAUUGCACUCUGCCUGCUGCUGCCCAGGUUGCUGCUCGAGGCUCGCAUCAUUGAGAACGGAUUGCUGCCAAAAGAGCAAAUUUGGGCCACUGAAUUGGACUUUGUUGUGAUCAAUCGACGCAAUUUGAUGGCCAUGUCGGUGGUGGGAGCCACACCCUUUCCCAGGCAGCACCAGCAGCAGCACCACCAGCAUGGCAGACUAAACUUUACCGCAAACAGCUUGGAACAGGACGAGGAGGACUACUUCAACGAUACCAUGUUCACGGCCAUCCGAGGAGUGCCAGCCGGGGGCAAUAACAAUUUGUUCGAUCUGCGACCCGAUAAGAUGGCAAACGGCAGAAAGGCGGCCAAAACCACGGCGACGACCAGGACAACAACCAUCACCAACAAACUGGAUGCGGGCAAGGGCCAAUACUUUGAAGUGCCCGAUUUAAUUAAUCAAGACAUCGACGAGGAGGAGCGCCAGGAGCUGGAGGAGGCGAUUCGAGGCGAAGAAGAUGAUGGAGAUGAGGGUGUGGGUGUCGGCGAAGGGGGAACUGUCAUUAUGCCAGAUUUCGAUGAGUUGCCGCCAAGAACCGCAGUUGGAACGACCACCACAACGACUAAGGCGAACUCCGAUGCGGACAAGUUGAGUGAGGAAAAUUGGCAACAACUGGGAACUCUGGGCAAAGGGGCCGCGUCCAGCAGCUCCAGUAGCACAACAUCCACCACAACAACAACUACGACAACGACAUCGACCACUACAGCCACAACAACAAGUACUAGGGGAACCAGCACCACCACCACUAUUAAGCCUACGGAGAUGCCAACCAGCAGACAACCAGCACAUCACCAUCAUGGAAAAUCCCGCAAACACCACAAGCAUCACAAUAAACAGCGCCCACAGCAGCCACCGCGUCGCCAUCAUGUGGCCUCCCACGAGCAGGCGAUCCUCGAGAGCUUUCCGGAGGAGGAGACCACCACGCGCGACAGCAGCAUCCACCGCGUAAAGCCCGAGGUGCUGCCGGAGCUACCGAUUCCCUCGACGCCCGUCUCGGCCUCCAACUCCAAGAUCAUUGCCAUCAAACCGAAGAACCAGAAGCGGCGGCUUUCCAAGCGGGCAGCCGGCGUUGAAAUCGAGCCGGAGUAUCUGCUCGGCGAUGCCAACAUUAAUUCCAGUGAAUUUGUAGCCAAAUCGAAUGAGGAGGAGCCCGAGGAGAGCGAGGACUUCGAGCUGGAGGAUGGUGAUUUUCAGGCGGUGCCCGCUCUGACUCCCGCACCUCCUGUUGCUCCAAACAGUCCGAAGGCCGGGCAGGAUUACGUCCGACUGGAUGGCUUUGCCGGAAUGUUGCAGCUUUUCUUUGGCAUUGAUAAACCCAUCGAUGUGGCAAUUUUCUCCCAACCACCCAGCGCCGAGUUCGUGAACUUACUUUGCGCCCUGUUGGUGUGGUCCGUUCGGUAUCCGGCCGUUUUCUGGAAUACCUCGAAGGCCUUUGCCUGCGUUUUCAGCCUCCAGAUGGUGGUGGCCGCCCUGGACAUCAUACUCGGCUAUGUGGGCAUCUCGAAUCUCUACAAGCUACAGAUCUACGCCGAGGCCAUGCCGGUUCAUCAGCCGGGGCUCAUCCUGAACGCAGUGGUCACUUUGGCAUUGUAUCUUUUGUCCACCACUCUGGUGCUGGCCUCUUCCAUGGUCAUGUACCUGUACGGACACGGACGACUGGCCACCCGGAUGCGGGAUCGCUCCAUCAUUACGCUGAAGAGCCACCAGACCUGGAUCUACUUCGCCCACUGCGCCUCCUUGUGCUUCGUCCUUGCCUUGGCGGUGGUCAAGGCUCCGCUGCUCAACGAUCUCAGUGCCACCUACAAGAACAACCUGCACUGCCCCACCUUUCUAGCUGCUCUUGUCGGAGUGACACACCUGCUGCUAUGGAUUGUCAUCUGGCUCUGCCUGACCAUCAAGCGGCGCUGGCACUUUAAGCUGCCCCCGCUGGACAGCACUUACGGCGGACUGCUGGGCAAGUCCAGCGCCCAGCCGCUCCUGAUGUCCAGUGGCCAGCGCACGGGAAGCAACUCGAGCAGCAGUGGCUGCAACUCCACCAGCACCACGGUGAAUGGUGGCGACUCCAAGCCGGACAUGAUGAGCACGGCCACCAGCACGGAACUGGGAAUGGGAUUGGGUGGGGGCAUUAAUGGGGGCAUGGGCGGCACGGGCAUGGGACUGGCCGCCCAGGAGGACAUAUACUGGCCCAAGCUGACGCCCAGUUCGCCCAAGCUGAAGGUCACCUUCAACGAAGUUACGAGUACGUCUGAUGAUGUCCUACUAAUUGGUGACCAAGAACAAACUGAUGGCAAGCGCCAUACGAGCCGUGGAGCCUCGGUAUGUUUUGCCAGUGCUGCGGGGGAAGUUGACGACGGCGAGUACGCGACACUAAGAGCAGCCACCGCCGGGGCCGUCGUGGGCAUCACCAUGGGCAGCAUGAAGAGGGGCGUCAGCAACACCUCGGUGGGGGUUAGUCUGCUCCACCUCUCCGAGUACGACGAACUUCCUCCGCCGCCGCCGGCCAGCCAUCACCAUCAGCAGCAACAUCAGCAGCGGCAGGCCCACUCCUUUGCCCAUGGAAAUCCCCACGACUAUGCGAACCUGAGCGGAUUGGGUGGCAUCAGUGACGACAACAUCUCCGAGGAGGGCAAGCUGCUGGCCUGUGUGCGCGAUGACAGCAUCACCUACGCAUCCACCAGGGAUCUGGAGCCACCACAGCCGUCGGCCCAGGUCCAGGCGCCGCCACCACCUCCACCGCUGCCCAUGAAGGGAGCUCCCGCUCCUCAGCCACCAGCAGUAAUGCCCCACUCUGCCGGCAUCUACGGACGCGCUCCUCAAGCAAUGCCCGAGAUGAUGCAGUUGUCGCCCGAGCACCACCACAAUCCACUUCAGCAUUCGCUGCAGCAUCCACAGCAGCAUCCUCUCCAGCAGCAGCAGAAGCAGCAGCCACCUCAGCAUCCUCUCCAGCAGCAGGGCAAUCCGCACCAGCAUCUAGUCAGCCCCUUGGCUCCGGUCACGGUCGCAGUUCACACCAACGAAGCGCAUAUUGCCUCCAGUUCCACACCCCGUUGCCUGCGUCGCGCCGAUUCGGGCGUUCCCAACGAGGCGUUGACACCGCGCAGCGACACCACCUCCACCACCGAAAGUACCAACACCACCUCACCGCCGGAACGCGCCCCCUCCGAGUCCUCCAGUGGCGUCCACUCGGGCGAGGAGCGGGAGCUGGAGGUCAUCAUUCGGCCGAGGGCCAACAGCAAGCCGCCGCCACGCCCCCCACAGCCGCCCAUACAGGAAGAGCCCUACGGUCGCUGCACCAACAUGCGCAUGUCCAGCUUCAAUGCGGAUCCCUCCGCCGCCUCAUCGGCGGUCAUUAAUAGUGCCACACUGCCGCCGCAGCGUUCGGUUCCGGAGCAGAAGUUCGACUACACGGCUCACUGCAGCACGAUGCCACUGCCGGUGGGCUGUCACAGCCAGCAGCUCGCCGGGAGCGGUAAUGGCUACGCCUCCACCUCGGCAAUGACCAGUUCCAUGGGUGGUGGCGGUAUGCCACCACUGCCGCCAUCGCAGGUCUCCAGCUUCAUGACGCCCAACAGUAUGCACUACGCCAAUGCCUCGGUGGCCCUGGGAAAUGGAAGUGGUCAACAGCAGCCGCACACCACGCUGCCAAAUGGAGUGCGCUACUCCAAUCCGCACUUUCUGCGCCGCCUGCCGCACGUCACCAAGGCGGCGGAGUCGCCCUACGGACACCUGGGCUACGGAGCUGGUCACCACGCCUUCGCAAAGCUGCCGCUCGAGACGCAUCCCACGAUUCCGGAGGAUCGCGACUCCGCCAACUACUCGAUGGCCUCCGACCAGGAUUGCGGACUGUAUGUGACGGCCCAGCUGCACUAGGAUGGCCAGGGAUCCCACUUUAUUUACACUAUGAACUUAGACUUAUUGCAAAGAGCAUUGCGCACCAUGUAUUACCCCUUAAGUCAUAAGUUAAAGUUUGAUUGCUCUACGGCAUGGAACAUCAAUGAGCAUUGAUUGCCGUGGUGCAAUCGGUUUUUAAACCCAUAGCCUUACCUACUUGCAAUGCCGUAAGUCCCUAUAUCCCAUAACGCUCUAAGUUAGCCUCUCGGUUUUUGUACAGCUCCGGGCCCCAGAGAAGCCAUACCAAAUCCACUAAUCUUCCAAAGGAUCAGCUGGUUACCGGACCCCAAAUGAAUUAAAUUACUCUUCGUUUGCUUUGCCUUGACGACGAUCCACUCAAGAGUGUAGCGCUAAUUGCCACC